AUGCAGGCAUAUAUGGAGGGAGGCCAGUUGAGUGCUUGCCUUCCUGGCUUCUUUGUGCCGGAUCACUACGCCGCCUUCCCUCUUCCUCUCCCGCUACAACUCCCUAGCCAACCAAACAACAAGCUUUUCCAGAUGCCGUUUGUAGUUGACCAGGAAGAGACCGAGAACCAUGGCGGGAUGCUCUCCUCCGACCAUUGUGGUGGACUAUACCCGCUGCCGGCACUGCCCUUCGUCAGCAGCUCCGGCGCCGCCACCGCAACAGCAUGCGGUGGGAAGCCUACGGCCGGUUUCAUGCCCAGUACUAUUGGCGCUGAGGAGGUCUGCACCUCGGUGACUACUAAAUUAGGUUGCAACGAGAGUAAUAGCACAUGGUGGAAGGGCUCAGCAGCUGCGACGAUAGCGGAGAGAGGGAAGAUGAAGGUGAGGAGGAAGAUGAGGGAACCGAGGUUUUGCUUCCAGACCAGAAGCGACGUGGAUGUACUGGAUGAUGGCUACAAGUGGAGGAAGUACGGGCAGAAGGUUGUCAAAAACAGCCUCCACCCAAGGAGCUAUUUCCGGUGCACUCACAGCAACUGCCGCGUGAAGAAACGGGUGGAGCGGCUGUCGACGGACUGCCGCAUGGUGAUGACCACGUACGAGGGCCGCCACACGCACUCUCCCUGCAGCGACGACGCCUCCUCCGGCGACCACACCGAUUGCUUCAGCUCCUUCUGA